AUGGUGUAUGUCGACUCAAAGGAUGAAGACGACCAGACCCCUCUCUUUGCCGCUGCUAAGUAUGGUCACCAAGAUGUGGUCCAAUGUCUCCUUGAUACUGGAAAGGUGGAUAUCGAAUCAAAAGAUAAAGAUGGCCUGACUCCUCUUGUUUCAGCUGCUCUAGGUGGCUAUAGAGGUAUAGUCCAGCUCCUUGAUGCAGGCAGCUCGAUUACACAAGACGAAAAAUGUCGGACACGUCUUUCAUACGUCGCCGAGAAUGGGCAUCUGGAUGUCCUCGAGAUGCUGAAUAAUUCCAUGGAGAUUGAUGUUAAUGCAGAAGAAAAUCUCAACCAAAGUGCCCUUUCUUGGGCAGUCUGA